GGACCUCGGUGCCCGCUCGCCGGCUUGCCUUCCCACGCGAGGCCGAGGCUACGCGGCCUAGUCCGGGGCGGGAUGCUGAAGCUGAAGGUCCUCUUCGUUGGCCCCAGAGAGGCUGGGAAGUCUGUUUUGGCAAACUUCUUGUCAGAAACGACUGAGAGCAUUGGCAGCUACAUGCCGACACAUGGAGUCAGGAUCCUAGAAUAUGAGAAGCCGCUUAGCAGUGGAGCAGGGUGUCGAUUUGAACUCUGGGAUUGUGGAGGGGAUAAAAAGUUUGAGGCGUGCUGGCCAGCUCUGAUGAAGGAUUCCCAUGGGGUCACCAUCAUCUUCAAUCCAGACCUGCCCAGCCACCUGAAGGAAAUUGAGAUGUGGCACUCCUGCUUUGUCCAGCACCAGCCGCUGCUCGAGAGCCAGUGCCUGCUCAUUGCACAUCACAAGCCCGGCACUGCAGGCGACAUCGAGAACCUCGACUUGCCUUCACCACUGAAAAGGCUGCAGCUGAUCUACUCCAACCUCGAAGAAGAUCCUGAGGACGUUCGGAUGGAGUUUAUGAAGUAUCUCAAGAGCCUUGUCAACUUGGUGAGCGAAAACCGAGACAGAGAGGAGAUGUCACUUAUAACUUAAAGCAGGGGAAAUGUCUGGCAGGGCUCACUGGGUGUAUGUCCUGAUGGGCUGUCAAGUUGAUCUUAUGUAGAAUAUGGACUUACUUAUUUUAUGCUUCUAUGUUUAUGAUAAAUAAAUAUUAGUGAAUGUA